AUGGACGGACACUUGCAUGGCCACCGCCACCAUCACCGCCGUGAACUCGGUGCGAGAAUUGCUUCGAGGCCGGUCGAAAGAGCUCCCAGCACGCUCGAGAGCCCCAGUGUGGUGGAAAGAUCUUUGGCAUCAGACAAUAUUGCGUCACGUCUCUUCCGGAGGGCAGAUUGCGCGGAUGGCGACACCUCAUCGGCUUGCGAGAAGCCCAUGUCCGGUUCAUCACUGACUGUUCCCAUCACCCUAGCCGUAGUGAUACCGCUGAUUCUGGCCUUCUUUGUGCUGAUCUAUCUUCAUCGGCGAACCAAGAAGCUACAAAAGCAGGAGGAUCAUGACGAGCGGUACAAAUCCAUGGAUUUUGGUAUGGGCGACGGUAUUCCCGGCAAGAAUGGCAAGAGAAAGAGCAAGUUGUUUGGUGGAGAGAAGGAAAGCGGUCACACGAAAGGCAUGUCGAUGGACAUGAACUUGUCCAGCCCCUACCUGCUUCCCCCGGCUAUGCAACAAUCUCGGGAAUCUUUCAACUCUCUGGCAAAGACUUUGCAUCAGAGCGAGGACCCUUACCGCCAUGUCGAUUCUUUCAUCAGCGAUGGUGCUUCUUUGCGAUCUUUCCCCAAGGGUGGCGAUCGUCGGGCCUCUGUCAUCACCAGCCAGAGUGGCCUCGACUCGCCCAGAGCCCAGUCGAUGCGUGGCUUGCCCCCGCGCCAGAACUCCCUGCCGACCGCACACCAGCCUCGCGUCCCUGCUCCUAUCAAGGAAUCGAUGGUACCGGAAGUUCAUGAAGUCCCCACCCCUCACCAUGCCGAAGAGGCCAAGGCCGAGUUCCGUUUCACCGAAGAGGUGACCACUCCGCCUCACGUCGGAGGAGAGCACGUCGAUAUGCCUGCCAUGCCGCUUGUUCACGAACCUGAGGAGCAACACCAUGACUUUGCCCAAAAAGCUCGCCCUGAAUCGUAUGAGUCGAUCAAGCCCGAAAAGCCCGUCAUUGCAGGUAACCGAGACUCUGAGCUUGGCCUGGGUAUUAUGGCGCCACAGUCGGCCGAAGUGGUAGACGAGACACCUGCCAGCCUUCGUCCGGGUAAGCCUGCUAGGGUGGUCUCUGAUGUUCCUUCUGAGUACUCGGACUAUGUCAACAUUGUUGAAGACCAUGAUGCUGAAGAUGAUCACGUCAAAGAGCAACAGGUGACGGCCCCUGCUCCUGUGCAGCCGCAACCUCAGUCCGCCGGUCUCGCAGUUCCUGGAAACAAGAGCAACCGUCUUUCAGUCGGAUUCCGCCCCUUGCCUCCAAGUGACUAUCUCGAGUCGGAAGAUCCCGAAUUCAGAGCCAACCGUAUUCGAUCCUUCUACAAGGAGUACUUUGAGGACGGCAGCGCACCAAGACCUCCCAUGCCCCAGCCCCACGCAGCUCAGUACUACGACCAGUCGCAAGACGCAGGUUACCUUGGAGACGCAGCCUACUUCGACCCUGAAUCCAAUGCCUUCGUCAUGCCCUAUGCUGAGCCAGUCACUCGACGUGCCAUGACACCGCCUCCGAGCAACAGGAGACCGAUGCCCGGACCUAGCGGACGAGGCCCACCUCGGGGUAUGGGACCAGGUGGCCCAGGACCGCGCCCCCGUGCCGGCUCCGUCAUGUCUGGCCGUCACCUGCCCCCUAUGAGCCCGCGGCCAGGUUCCUCUGCCUCGGCACGCAUGGGUGGUCGAUCGCCCGGACCCAGGAAGCCCAUGCCUCCGCCGGCAGCAUUGACAACUCUUCCCACUCCGGCCAUGCUCAAGGACGAAAGCUUCAUGAUCAUGAAUCCUCUUGACUUUGCACCUCCGCCCACAUACAAGGACCAAGCCACCGGUCGCUCCCAAAGCCCCAUGGGAGAGCGCCGUCCUUACCACCUCGGCGUGCCCGUUUCCUCGCCCCUGGUGAGCUCGUUUGACGACAUUCCGGCUUUGCCCAGCCCUCACGCCAUGCGCAAGUCUGGCACAUUUACUGCCCUUGACUUUGCACCUCCUCGCAAGUUCAAGGAUCCCGAGAACAUGAGCGAUGCUGGCAGCGUACGCAGCAUGGGCAGUGGUAUCUCUGCCAGAACAAACAAUGCCCUCCGUAACGGUGCUGGACGUGUGAGUCGUCUGCCUGAGGACCAGGUCUUCACUCAAGCACUCUCUGGAGGCCAGCUCAAGCCGAAAUGGGGAAUGCGCGACUAG